AUGUGCAAGCUACACGCCGAUGCCGACGUCGCGGGCGGCGGCGGCGCUGCCCCGGGGAGCACCCACGGCCGCGAGCUGCUCCCGGCCAACGUCAUCCCUCGACACUACGACCUGACCCUCGAGCCCAACUUUGAGAAGCUCACCUACGAGGGCACCGUCGUCAUCGACGUCGACGUCGUCGAGGACUCGUCGUCCAUCGCCGUCAACACCCUCGAGCUCGAUAUCCACAGCGCCAAGGUCUCUGCCGGUGGCCAGACCGUCAGCUCCUCGCCCAAGGUCUCGUACAAUGAGGACACGCAGACCAGCACCUUUGGCUUCGACGGCUCUCUGGCCAAGGGAACCAAGGCUCAGCUCGAGAUUACCUUUACCGGUCAGCUCAACGACAAGAUGGCCGGCUUCUACCGCUCCACCUACAAGCGCGACGACGGCUCCGAGGGCAUCCUGGCCACCACCCAGAUGGAGGCCACCGACGCCCGCCGCGCCUUCCCCUGCUUCGAUGAGCCCUCCCUCAAGGCCAAGUUCACCGUCACCCUGAUUGCCGACAAGGCCCUGACCUGCCUGAGCAACAUGGACGUCGCCUCCGAGUCGGAGGUGCAGUCCAAGAUCUCGGGCGGCGCCAAAAAGGCCGUCCGCUUUAACACGUCGCCGCUCAUGUCCACCUACCUGCUGGCCUUCAUCGUGGGUGAGCUCAACUAUGUCGAGUCGCUCGACUUCCGCGUGCCCGUCCGCGUCUACGCUCCUCCCGGCCAGGACAUUGAGCACGGCCGCUUCGCCCUCGACCUUGCCGUCCGCACCCUCAAGUUCUACGAAAAGGUCUUUGGCAUCGACUUUCCCCUGCCCAAGAUGGACCAGGUCGCCAUUCCCGACUUUGCCGCUGGCGCCAUGGAGAACUGGGGCCUCAUCACUUAUCGUGUUGUCGACCUCUUGCUCGACGAAAAGACCAGCGGCGCCGCAACCAAGGAGCGCCUCGCCGAGGUGGUGCAGCACGAGCUCGCCCACCAGUGGUUCGGCAACCUCGUUACCAUGGACUGGUGGGAGGGUCUCUGGCUCAACGAGGGCUUUGCCACCUGGGCCUCUUGGUAUUCGUCCAAUGCCUUCUUCCCCGAGUGGAAGGUGUGGGAGACGUACGUGACCGACAACCUGCAGUCCGCCCUCGGCCUCGACUCUCUCCGAAGCAGCCACCCGAUCGAGGUGCCCGUCAAGCGCGCCGACGAGAUCAACCAAAUCUUUGAUGCCAUUUCCUACUCCAAGGGCUCGUGCAUCCUGCGCAUGAUCUCGACGCACAUUGGCGAGGACACGUUCCUCGAGGGCGUGCGCCAGUACCUCAAGAAGCACGCCUACGGCAACACGCAGACGGGCGACCUCUGGGACGCGCUGAGCGCUGCCAGCGGCCAGCCCAUCCACGACAUUAUGAGCACCUGGACCAAGAACGUCGGCUACCCGGUCAUUGCCGUGACGGAAAAGGACGAGCCCGGCACCAUUCACGUCAAGCAGAACCGCUUCCUGCGCACGGGCGACGUCAAGCCCGAGGAGGACAAGGUCCUGUACCCCGUCUUCCUCAGCGUGCGCACCAAGGACGGCGUCGAUAAGUCGCUGGCCCUCAACGAGCGCGAGAAGGACUUUAAGCUGUCCGACGGCGACUUCUUCAAGGUCAACGCCAACCACACUGGCAUCUACCGGACGUCGUACACGCCAGACCGCCUGGAGAAGCUCGGCAAGGCUGCCAAGGACGGCCUCCUGACGGUCGAGGAUCGGGCGGGCAUGAUUGCGGAUGCGGGCGCCCUGGCUGCCUCGGGCUACCAGAAGACGUCUGGCGUUCUGAGCCUGCUCAAGGGCUUCGACUCGGAGUCGGAGUUUGUGGUUUGGAACGAAAUCAUCAGCCGCCUGGGCGCCGUGGAUUCUGCGUGGAUCUUCGAGGACCCGGCCGUCAAGAACGGCCUGGAGGCGUUCCUUCGGGACCUGGUGGCGCCCAAGGCGCACCAGCUGGGGUGGCAGUUUUCCGACAGCGACGGGCACGUUGAGCAGCAGUUCAAGGCCAUGAUGUUUGGCAGCGCGGGCCUGGCGGGCGACAAGAAGAUUGUGGCGGCGGCCAAGGAGAUGUUUGCCAAGUUUGUGGGGGGCGACAAGUCGGCAGUGCACCCCAACAUUCGCCGGAGCGUAAUGGCGAUUGCGCUCAAGUACGGCGGCAAGGAAGAGUACGAGCACGUGCUCAACUACUACCGAUCGUCGACGAGCAGCGACGAGCGCAACACGUGCCUGCGGGUGCUCGGACGGGCCAAGGACCCGGAGCUGAUCAAGCGGACGCUGGGGCUGCUGUUUGGCAGCGAGGUCAAGGACCAGGACGUGUACAUGCCGGUGAGCGGGCUGCGGACGCACGCCGAGGGCAUCGAGGCGCUGUUUGCGUACAUGGAGGAGAACUGGGAGCUCGUGUACAAGCGGCUGCCGCCGGGUCUGACGAUGCUGGGCAGCAUGGUGAUGAUCUUCACGUCGGGCUUCACCAAGAAGGAGCAGCUGGCGAAGGUGGACAAGUUCUUUGAGGGCAAGAACACCAACGGCUUCAACCAGUCGCUGGAGCAGAGCAAGGACGCGGUGCGGUCCAAGAUUUCGUGGCUGGAGCGCGACCGCGAGGACGUGGCGGCGUGGCUCAAGGCCAACGGGUACGCCUAG